AUGCUCGAAUCUCCUCAUCUCCUCUCUGCCAGCCUGGCACUAUCGACCGCAAGUUUUGAGUCAAGAGGCUUGAAAGAAGUCGAAGGAACCAGCACGUCUCGGAUCAUGGAACAUCUGCAGUCAUCUGGCCUGCCACUGCUGAGAUCAGCGUUGGCACAAGGGCAGCAGAGCGAGAUUCUUAUUGCGACAUGUCUGAUCUGGUGCCUGGCAGAUGUAUUUUCGGGACAGCAGGGGAUGUUUAGGUGGCCGAUUCAUCUGCAGGGUAUAAAAGCUCUUCUUCACGGCCGUCAUGAUUACCAGAGAUUCGUGACUGGUGACAACGCCUUGAGAUCUGCGAUGAAGCAUCUCUUUAUGCUGUAUCGGAGUCUGGAGACUCUACCACACGUACCCAAAAUAACAUCAGAGAAGGCCAACUUGAUCGUUCCCGCGAAUACAGCAUACAAUCAUCAGAUUGAUGGUUUUCUAGGAUAUAGCGAAGAACUCCUCGACAUAUUACAACAAAUCAACGCAUCUACACCAGGAGUAGGGCCAGACGAUUCUUCAAUUGAUGCAGAUACCUUACUCGGCAAGCUGAACGCUAUGAUCAGAAGAGAUGUCAAGUCGCCACCCGGCGUCUCGAUAUCAUCCCUUUCAUCACAAUCAGGUCGCGAGUUUGCACUCUGCAAUAAAGUCUUCCAGCAAGCCACUCUAAUCCAACUCUACCGACAAUUAUACGGGCUGCCAUCGUCAUCACAACCUAUACAGGAUGCUGUUCAUACCAUGAGCGGAAUGAUCAGUAACAUGGCACAAGGCGAACCAUGCAAUACUUGGGUCGCAAUGGCCAUGCCGUUAUUCACUGUUGGUUGUGAGGCUUACAAGGAGGAACAGAAGGCUUUCAUCCUUGAUAAGAUUCACAAACUUGAGAUUUGCAUCGGUUCAUUGCAUGUCAAGGUAAUUGAACAAGCGCUCAAAGAUAUUUGGAAGAUCAGAGAGGAUUUCAACGAUUUUGAAGGAUACCUGUGUGCCAGUCAUUUACUAGAAAAGUUGUCAUACAACAUUGUUUUGUUUUGA